GCGUGUUCUGCUCUGUCUUCCCGCUGCAGCCGCCCGAAGGAAAAAAAAAGGGGAACCCAGCCAUGCUUGAGAAAACCGGUGAGAAAGAUUGGAUUUCUCCUUCCUUUCUUGUUCUAGAACUGAAAAUGGAACCCAGAAACCUUCUCCCACUGCUGGAAAAUCCGGAUCUGCUCUGCUCUUCCUUUUCACCGCCCGCUGCUCCUGCUUUGUGGGGGUGAAUUGCUCGGUUUUUUGGUAAGAAAUAGCUCGAAAUUCCCCUUCUCUAGCUUUAAUUGCCUUGGGUUUGCCUUAAUUGCUCUUGUUCCUCCCAUUUUUGGGUAGAUUGCGUGAUUCUUCCCUGCACUUGCCGCCGGCUUCUCUCCCAAACUGCAGCUCGGUUUUGCUUGCUAAAUUAUGGUUCUUGAUCCUUGGGGUACUUUAGUACGUGAAUUGAGUGCUCGGUUUUAUGCGAGUGAGGAAGUGAAACCGAGGACAGGGAAACCACGGGAAGUGACGAGUUAGAAAGCUAGCCAUUUCGAGAUUGAUAUAAAUUUUAGAAAUAAAUCAUGAUCUUGUAUUUGGAGAUUUUAUGAUAUCAGAGAGAAUUUUAUAAUUUGAUCUUCAGAUUUUGGUGGUAUCAGAGUGUGAUAUGCUAAUCUGUUGUAAUUCGAUAACCCUAUUAGACUGUCCUAUAAUGGGUGGCCUGAAUGGUUCUUGUCUAGAUGUGCUCGCACCUA